CUAAAGCAGAGUUAUUGACCUUUUUGUCUAUUCAAGAUAAGGCAAAACAAAUAUCUCGAGGAGGCCCUUCUGAUUUGUGAUUUUCAGAUUCUUUCCAAGAAAAUCAAACUGAAUCCAGCUCAAUCCGUCACAGUCUAGAUCAAAUUUCACCUUCAUUUUUCGUCAAUCCCAUAACGUUUCUCUCCUGCCGAUUUUUAUUGCAGUAUUUUUUUUAUUCACCUGAUCUAAAGUCUGAAGCUUGGUUUCAGUCACAGCUCGAUGAUGAUGAUGGUUUGUAAAUGGGUGAUUUCAAUUUGGUUGUAGCAGAAGCUAAGUUUGUCAAGUAGAACACUUUAGGUUAUUAUUUCGUUAAUCGAUUUGGGUCAAAAACACUUUGUUUGAUUCAUCAAACGACGAAAAACGAUCAAAUCUUCUAUUUUUGUGAAUUUGUUUCUCAAAGAAGAAAAUUCUAUGUUUUUUUUUUUUUUUUACUAGAAGUUCGUGAUCAUAUUAGGUAGAAUAGUUUGUAUAUAGGUCUUUGGGAAACCGAUCUAGGUGUGUCCACUCGAUCGGGUUUUAGCGUCGCUAUUGGUGAUCUGGGUGAAAGUAAUUUCAGAGAUCAAAGGUUACUAAAGCACGAGUUCUCAUCACCAAUAAACAUUGGGUUUAUAACACACAGAAGAAGAAAAAAGGCCACUUUUUAAUUCAUUUGUUGGAGAUUGAAAAAAAUGGAUCGUGUGGUUGGUGGCAAGUUCAAUCUGGGACGAAAGCUUGGAAGUGGAUCAUUUGGUGAAAUUUUUCUAGGAGUGAAUGUACAGACUGGAGAAGAAGUUGCUGUUAAGCUGGAACCUCUUCGAGCUAGGCAUCCUCAGCUUCAUUACGAGUCAAAGCUCUAUAUGCUUCUCCAAGGAGGAACUGGUGUUCCUCACCUCAAAUGGUUUGGAGUCGAGGGUGAAUACAACUGUAUGGUGAUCGACCUUCUGGGUCCUAGUAUGGAGGAAUUUUUCAACUAUUGCAGUCGAUCUUUCUCUUUGAAGACAGUUCUAAUGCUUGCUGAUCAGAUGAUUAAUAGAGUCGAGUAUGUGCAUGUGCGAGGGUUUCUUCAUCGUGAUAUUAAGCCAGAUAACUUUUUGAUGGGUCUUGGACGCAAAGCAAACCAGGUUUACAUCAUUGACUUCGGGCUUGCGAAAAAGUAUAGAGAUCUUCAAACACACAAGCAUAUUCCCUACAGGGAAAACAAGAAUCUUACAGGAACAGCUCGAUAUGCAAGUGUUAACACCCAUCUUGGAAUUGAGCAAAGUAGGAGGGAUGAUCUGGAAUCUCUUGGCUAUAUACUUAUGUAUUUUCUUCGAGGAAGCCUUCCUUGGCAAGGCCUUCGCGCAGGAACCAAAAAGCAGAAGUAUGACAAGAUCAGUGAAAAGAAAAGACUUACACCUGUGGAGGUCCUCUGUAAAAACUUUCCACCUGAGUUCACAUCGUAUUUCCUCUAUGUGCGUUCAUUACGGUUUGAAGACAAACCAGAUUAUUCAUACCUAAAGAGGCUUUUCAGAGAACUAUUUAUCCGAGAAGGUUAUCAGUUUGACUAUGUAUUUGACUGGACAAUAUUGAGGUAUCCGCAGUUCGGUUCCAGUUCCAGUUCCAGUUCCAGUUCCAAACCAAGACCAAGCCUAAGACCAGCUAUGAAUAUUCCAGUACCAUCUGCCGAGAAAGCUGAAAAGCCUUCAACUGGGCAAGAUACUCGCGAUAGAUUCUCAGGUGUUUUCGAGGCAUACACCAGAAGAAGUGGCUCAGGAACCGGCGUUCAAGCUGAUCGCUCUAGUAGACCAAGAACUUCAGAGAAUGUUCUUGCAUCCAGAGACACGCUAAACCAGGAGAGAUCAAUCACUUCAUCUAGGAACCAGAGCUCUUCAAGAAAAGCAGUUGCGGGGUCAAGCGUUCGAGCCACUGCCUCGGCUGAUUUCACAGAGAAUCGAUUAAGCAGACUCGUCCCAAACAACGGCCGGUCCUCGACAACUCAGAGGACCCAGUUUGCUCCUUCGUCCUCCUCUUUAGCACCAAAGGCUGCAUCAUCGAGAAUCCCGCCUGACCUUACGCUCGAGUUCCUCACUAUUGGGAACGGGAAGAGGAAGUGACAGCCAAGUUCACGGUUGGAUGAUACUUUUACAUCUUUGUUUGAGACAUUACUGUUAGAAAAAAGAAUCAAACAUGAUUUGUUUUAAAUGUAUGUGAUUAUAUAUAUUCGCCUUUUUAGCUUCGUAAUA